UUCUGCGUUUCUUGUUGUUGAGACAACGAGGGAGGCGGGGAUGCUGUGGGGUGGGGGGUUUAUUUAGGCAAGGGAAGAUACCAUCCGAAUAACUCUUUUCGAUGUCGGAUUAACAGAUAGAGAUGGAUGUGGUACAGGAGACAGGUUCUGCUGCGACGGGGACGGAGCUGAGAUUCAAGCCCGGGGGAAGACUGGAUAUGAACCACGGUUUUUUGCGCCAUAUUCGCAGAAAUCAAAUCGCCAGGGAUGACUAUGACAAAGAGGUGAAAGAAGCAAAAGAGAAACAGAAGAAAAGACACAGCAGUGGUCCUGCCCGGCCUCGAAGGCCAGACAUUCAGGUUUAUCACCCCCGAUGCAGAAGUGGAACAGAAAUCUCUCAAGCCAUGGAAAAUGAAGAAUCCAAUGAAAGCAGCUCUAGCGCAGAUCCAGAACUACAUGGAACAGAGCUCUUCUGCCUAGAAUAUGAAGCAGACAGUGGUGAUGUCUCCUCAUUUAUAAUACACAGGGAUGAUGACCCCCACAAAGUGGUGGAACUAGUAGCAGCAGAAAACAUUUUGGACUCUGGCAUGAAAGCAACUCUCUAUCAGCGAAUUCAGCAGGAGAUUGAAAAGCGCAAAGUGAAACGCUGAACUGACCAAGGAUGGCAAAUCAGAUGUUGAGUAUUUCUCACUGAAACCUGAGAGCCAGGAGCUGACAAGCUGCAGUACGUCAGUCAACAGCACUGUUUAAAAUGACAUACAUACUCUGGCAGGCCUAAUAAAAUAGUUAAAGCUGCACUUUAAGCAUGCCUAAACUACUGCUCUUGUGUGGCAGUUCACCAUGAUAUGAAUCUACAGGAUGCACUUUUAAUUUUGUUUUAUUCUUAUGAAGUGCACUUCUACUCAUAAGCCCAAUAUACUAUACAGUAACUACAAAUACAAAAUGACAUGCAGCAUAAACGAAAGACAAAGAGAGAAGCAUCAUGCAGUACAUAUAAAAAGAUACCUAUAAACAUGUACAUACAGGAUGGCUUUACGUGCAAAUUCAAACUGUCCUUGGUCAGCAGCAUUCUGAAAAGAACCUUUUCAUAGCUGAAUGAUGACAAUUUAAUUUUAACAAAAGACUUCAGAAAACGGACCGGUCUGUCAUAUGUGAUGACAUGUACACUCCAAGCCAAAUCAAGUGGUACCAUAAACACCAAGAAGAGGAGGAAAUCAGAGAAGACAGUAAUGGCAAUUCAAAAACAAUUACUGCAGUUGAAAAUGCAAGAUAAGGGAGUGCUAUAAAACAACAGCAAGAGUAUCCUGUGAGAAAAUAAUGAGCCUUUAGCCUUGAAUUAAAUACUGAAACAAAUGGUGCUUCUCUGAAAUUGCUAGGCAGAGAUUGGUUGCCCUAUAAACCCGUACCCCUUCAUUAGUUCUGUUUAUCCUCAGAAUAUUAAGGAGGGCUGCAUCUUAGUUUAUUCCUUGGAGUAUAGGAACUAAUGUAUUUUGUAGGGUGUGGGGAAGCUGAACCAUGUAUGACUUUGUGUGAGAAGGAGGAUUGUAAAAUCAGCUCUCAAAUGGAUGCCAGUAAAGUCAUUUAAGAAUUGGCAUUUCAUGCUAACAAUUCUUAGUUCCAGCUGUAAUCUUCGAUGCCAUGUUUUAAAUUAACUAUAGUGCAGUAACUGAUCAGUUUGAACAGCCUUACUGUACUCCGUUCUUCUUGAGAUAAAUGUGCUGGUUUUUCACGCUGCUAAAGCUUAAGAAACUACCUACAUUUUACAAUAUUUCUACAUUUACUUAUUUGGCUGACGUCUUUAUCCAAGGCGACUCUCGACACGUAUGACACAAUUGCUUACAUUUCUUUUGGUUUUGCAAUUGGAUGAACAGGCAGGUCAAGUGACUUGCUCAAGGUCACACAGUAUCAGUAGCGUGAUUUGAACCCACCAAAGCAGGGUUUGAAGUCCUUAACCACUACGCCACACUGCCUGCAAUUUCUAAACUUAAGACAGCAAGUUUAACAAAGAACAGAAAUGUGAUGGAAGAUUAAAUGCUUGUCAAAGAUCAACAAAUAAAUCUGGAUUCAGAUAAACUAAAAUUUAAGCUUGCUGAGUUAAGAGCAUUCACUAUUGUAUUACUAUUCAUAUAAUUACCCCCCAUUAAAAAUGGUUAAGUGUUUUUCUGAACUUGAGCAAAAAUAUAACAAGUAUUAAAAAUAAACUUGCGUCAUCAUCUUAUGACU